UGUGAAUAAACUUCGGUAUGUAUAACGACGGACCCCAUUUAGUUUGAGUAGCUAGAAGCGCCGAAAACUGACAGAGGGUACUUAGUUCUUCCAUUAAAUUCAGACAAAAGUCAUGUUUCUUACUUUUUUUCCAGGAGCGUUCUUUUCUCAUGAAUUGAAAACUCUGGUAAUGCAGUGCUUAAUAAAGCGGAUGUAAGGGCUCAUGGAUCAAUUGAUUCGUUGACACCUGAACCAACCAUCCAUAAGUAAAUUUGAUAUAUCUAAAACAGAAGAAAACACAAUAAAAGAAAGGAGUCCGUCCAGUAUACCAGUAUAGCGGAAACAUACUAAGGGCAUCGGUUGCUACGUCAUGCUGUAAUAUGAUUCGAAAAAUCCCUGUUGGCCAGUGAUGCUAUAUUUCUUUCCAUUUUAUAUAAUUUUUUUUUCUCUGCCAUUUUGUUAUGAAUUUCACCCCAUUAUUUGGAUAUCCGGGCCGGAUGUAUUAGUUCUGAUGACAAAGGUACCAUCAGACUUUCACUGUAAUUCUUUUUCAUUUCAUAUUCUUUUUACAUGAAUAAUUCUAUUCCUAAUCAACUCGUUUCCAAAUGAAAUUUGAAUUGAACCAUCUGAUCAUUCGAGUUCACUGGCCGACCACAAAAGAAAUUGUCUCUUAAAACAUACGAUGGAUUUGUUAUUCGCUGAACUUAACAAAAGUUAACCAUGAAAGAAAUCAGAGAUGUUUUCUAGCGUUCGCCCACAAUCCGGAUCAAAGGGUGCUGAUACUUUCAACCCACACUACACCUAGACAACAGCGUCAUUUUCCAGCGGAUGAAUACGUUUUGCUCUUCGUGGGCGGUUAUGACACCGAUGACACGAUCAACUCGGUGAACUCGGCAUCCAAAGAAGGAAUCGCACAUCCGGCCGUCAUCAAAGGGAUUUGUUAUCAAGGCCUUGGGCGAAGUGCGAAAAAGACACGAUCGGCGUCAGUUAUUCACUUGUUCGUGUCAUUCCUCCAUAUCGGACUGUACACGGAACGAAUAGCGUUACAGGAUGGAGUUAGCUCCCGCGUGAUUUGUCACGCAAAUUUCCAGUGAUUCAAAUUCUCACGGAUCUUCGGUUUCUCAUCAAGCACUUGGAGAAAAUUCUCCGCAAAUGUAAAAGCAACCAAAGAAAAUCUUUCGAUCCUUUUCUUUGAUCAACAAGUUGGAGGGUUUUUUGGUUUGUUUUAGUUUUGAAAGAAACUGUUUGAAUCAGUCAUAAAUUUGACAAUGAUUUUUCUAUGGUUCCAGCUCGUUAGCCGAAGCUUUAUCCUUCCGGCCUCUCUAUCUCGACUCUUCGUGAUAAAAUCAACUACAUGGGUUCAAGCUUCACGCUAGCCGGAUCGCGACAGUAAGUCUUGCGGACCCGACCCUGUCGUGCCAUUCCGUUUCUCCUCCGCCUUUUCUUCCGUCCGCUGUGCUCAAGAUGGAUUACUACCUGAACCACUGGAUACGAAUGUUCACCGUCAAGCGACGUAGAAAGAAAUGUUUCAGCCAAAGAAGGAUUAUGUCAAUUUUGCCAAUCCUCUUCUGCAGUUUGGGGGUUUUAGUCACCGAAACUCGAGCCCAGUGUUUUGGUGGAGUGGAAACGUAUGAAAAAACAGCUAGAGUCGCAUUCACGUCCGUAUCAAAUCUACAAGGACUCGUCUCUCAACCUGGAACAGCAGUUACAAGAGACUGUGCCGCGUUAUGCAAGCAAACGGCUACUUGUGCUGCCUUCACUGUCGAUUACUCGACAUCUCGUUGUCAGUCCAUUGACAUUGAUGACGUCAAACGAAAGGACCAUUUAAAGGACGUUGCUGGCGUCAACUAUUUUGAGAAGAUUUGUCUUCGUUUGAACAAUUUCAAUUCGAUCUGUGGAGAUCGCCUUUGGGCUUUCGAAAGAGUUAUUGGAGCCUCUCUUCAGGGAUUUGAUGAUAUGGAACAAAAGAGCGUCCAGUCGCGGAGCGAUUGCCAGCGUCUUUGUCUGGAACAGACCAAUUUUGUCUGCCGAUCAGCUGAAUAUGACGAGUCGGAACAGACGUGCCGCAUGAGCCGUGAAGAUCGACGCACUCAGCCGCUGGCUUUUCGUCGGGAUGCGGGCAGUUGGGAUUAUUUAGAAAAUCAGUGCGUCAAAACACUACCUGAUUGUCGUUACGCCGGGCGACCUGACGGAAGUCUGACAGUGUCGAUGGAUCAGGUGGAAUUUGCGCAAAGUCAAGGAGAAUGCGAAUCCCUCUGUGAUCAGGCGAGAGUGUUUACCUGCCGCGCGUAUUCUUUUACGGCCGACGAAAACCGUUGUUACUUGAGUGGUGAUGAUUCUAUUAGUCAAUCUUCUCCUACCGUCUCACAACUGGACGGAAAAAUUUUGACGCCCUCUGGAAGUUCUAAGAAAUCUACAGUCUACGCCGAAAAGCUAUGUAGCAUCAGUCAAUGCGAGAAUGGUAUUUUCACUUUCGAAAAAGUGACAGGCCAUUUCCUACGUUCAGCGCGCCAGGAUAUGAUAAAUCGAGGGAAAUUUCUGGAUACCAGUUCUCGUACGGGUGACCCAGCUGGAGGCGGCAUCACAGUUGAGUGUGGUCGGACCUGUUUAGAGAUGGGCGGUGAUUGUCCAGCUUAUAGUGUCGACUAUGCUCAGGGCCGUUGCUUUAAAUUGGACCGGAACAGUCAAGGCAGGGCCCAGGAGUUGACCAUACGCGAGGGAAUGUCCUACUUUGAAAAGAUUUGCCUUCGAGGUAAUGUCGGUCCCUGUCGAGACCGUGCGUGGGCGUUUGAGCGCUAUCCGGGUAAAGAGUUGCGUGGAAUGGAAGAGCGCGUCAUUCCGUUAGUAGCUACCCGACGCGACUGCGAAGAGCUCUGCCUACGUGAAUCCCGAUCCGUUUGUCGUUCUGCUCGCUAUGAUACCAUGACCCUUGAAUGCCGGUUAAGUUCAAGUGACAAACGACUUCGACCGGAAGCCUUUGUUGACGCACCUAGUCAAGUCGAAUACCUGGAAAACCAAUGUGUCAGCCUAGGAAAUACGAUGUGUUCUUACCAGACCGUCGUAGAUAUGUAUCCUCGCUACCUGGAUUCGCUGGUGGCCAACAUCUCGGAUGAUCAACAAUGCCAACACCAAUGUUCCAACAACCGAGCGUUCGCCUGUCGAGCUUAUUCUUUUUACGCGUCAGGCAGUCAAUGCUUCAUCAGUAGCGACGAUAGAAUUUCAGGUGGGCCGUCAGCUUUGUUGAGCCGACCUGGAACAAAUUACACGGAGCGUAGUUGUAGCAAGAGAGCUACGAUCGAUGAGAUAAAUAAACGCAAUGAUUCUUCAGCUUCAUUCUUCGCUGGAGAAGGUGGAUUUGGAGGGCUAAGCGAUAUCGGCGUGAUGCCCGAUUUCAUGCCAGCCGACACACCGGUCAAUACGGGCAUCGUUAGGUUUCCUUCGGCUGCCGCUGCUGACGUAAAUAGUGGCAACAAUAGAUUCCCAUCAUUUGGUUCGUUUGGUGGCGAUUCCAUUGACCGAUUGCCUGCUAAAAACAAUCCACCCAUUCGAAUUUCCCCGAUUUCAAAAUGUCGUUCUGGUCGACCGCAUUAUCAAAAGGUCACUGGAUAUGAGGCUGUCACGUCGCGGUUCAUGAGUCUGAGACCGGCAACCCCCGCCGCCAUUGAACGAACGGGCGUGUUGAUUGACUGCCUUGACAAGUGUAACAUCGAUGAACUCUGCUCAGGCAUAAAUUACAAUUCGAUCAAGCAAACGUGCGUGGGCAUUGAAUCAGCCGACGGGUCGGAUUCAUCUGACUCGUUCGUCCAGUUGCCAUUGUCCCGUAGCAAUGGCUCUGACAAUUUCCUUCUACGACCAAAUUCCGGUUUCGGUUAUUUCGAAUCUCUCUGCCUGCAAGCGGUUGGAUGCGAAAGUGUGUGGAGUACCGAACGGACACCGGGAUACUUUAUGCGCGGUGUCGAACAAGAGAUCAUCCGCGGUAUCUCCAGACUCCGCUGCACGGAACGAUGUCUAGACGAACGACGCUUCGUCUGUCGUUCUGCAUCAUACGAUACCAAUCGUAAAGAAUGUUACCUUAGUCCGGAUGAUCGCUACACCAAGCCAAGGGCUUUCCAAUCGAAUCCAAUUUACGAUUACAUUGAAAAUCAAUGCUCUCCCUCAGAUUCGCGUCUAUGUCGCUAUGCACCGCUGCAGCCAGACCGAUAUCUUUUAUACGCGGAUCGAAUGGUUUCCGGUACGAGUCAGACAGCGGCUAGCUGUCAAACGGCCUGUGAUUCGGAACGUCACUUCCGUUGUCGAUCUUUCUCCGUCUACGUUGUCCUCGGACUGAUGCAAUGCUCAAUGAGUAGUUCGGCCUCGCCCGCUUACGAGAUUCAACGAGGAUCUCAGUCGUCUGAAAAAGAAUGUUCGACGGUUAUCAACAAUGAAAUCCCUGUGCAGUUAGAAACAGCUCACCUGGGAUUAGGCGGCAAUAACCGGGGCAACCGAAUUCUUCCCGGUACGACCGGCGUUAUACCUCCAGGAGGUGAUCCGGGUGGUUGGGUCAGUCUGGCCGCUUUAUCGCGCACUCAAGUUGGCAACAGGAUCAAUAAUGCCUAUAACGGUGCUUCUGGCAUCACACCACAACACUUCAAUCCGGUACUCAGAUUGCCACCCAUAGGCGUGAGACGUCCAGUCGAUUCCAGCGUCUACGAUUCGGGCUUUCAGUAUAACACUGUUUCCGUUCCAAAUCGGCCGUUCUUAUCGACUGAUAGCAAUCCCACAUCCAAUUCGUUUGAUGGCAACAUAGCGCGAUGCAAAGGUUCCGUGACUUACGACAAGAUAGUUAAUGUCGACUUUGUUGGCGUGCGAAGACAAGAAAUUCGCUCGAGUGGUGACGGCAGUCCGACAUUGGAAUGUCUACGGGAAUGCGACCGACUGCGGGAACGUUGUUUAUCUGUUGUCGUAAUGGCUGAUCGAUUCUCCCCCGACUUGAGUCGAAACGGGACCAGUGGAACACCGAGAAUUCGUUGCUACAUCCUCGAUCGUUCCGCUUCCGCCGACUCGGCCGCCCUUUCCUUCACACCCAAUUCCGUCUACUAUGAAAAAACCUGUCUACCAGAUACCGGAUGUGGCAAGGCUUGGACAUUUGUCCGCGUUCACGGCUACGAACUAGACGGUUUUGACAAUCACGUUGCACGGAGCAUCGUGUCAAAAGAGGAAUGUCAAGCAGCCUGUAUGCGCAUGCCUAACUCGCAGUGCCGGUCGGCUGAGUAUCUGCCCCGGGAAAAACUCUGCCGGAUGAGUUCAGAGAAUCGACGGACACAAAUGCGAAGCUUCCGAGCAACUGCGCCCGAUGUGAUCUAUAUGGAAAAUCAAUGCGCUGGAGAUCCGCCACACUGCGAAUACUCGGAUCAGACUGGUCGCAUGUUACCCUGGUAUGAUCGCGUCAUCGCUAUUGAAAACCAGCAAAGUCCGACACUUGCAUUAGCCGAAUGUCGUCGGAUGUGCGAUGCGGAACGAGACUUUCAUUGCAAAUCUGUCAGUGUGUCAGAACAAAGGCGUUCGCCUGUUUGUUUGCUCAGCGCGGAUGACAGCGUCUCUUUUAGCGGCGUCAACGUCGCCAACGUCUUGAUUCCGGACAGAGAUUUCACCUAUAGCGAACGCUCAUCCUGCAAUAACAUGCGAGUAGAAUGUACGAAAACGGACAUGCUUGUCACCCUUGCAUUCGGUUACCCCUUCAAUGGCCGCGUCUAUGUCAACGGUAACUACCAGUCGUGUUUCGAGAUGGGUAACGGCCAACAACAAAUGGUUCUGAGGGUCCCUUUGGCCGGACAAUGCGGAACUGUCCAACAAUCACGGGGACGUUAUGUCAAUCACAUCGUGGUACAGCACAGUCCGUUGAUUAUGCAAGACACCGACAGCAGCGUGCGGGUCGAAUGCGCAUUCGAGGCCAGCGAGCAAACCAUCACUUACAGCUCGACAGGCAAUCGUCGUGACGGAUCCGAAAAUGUGGGUCCAGCCGGUCUCGGUAGCAUUGAUGUGACAUCGCCGUUAAGGCAACUGGGACAUAGCGUAGUGACCAACACGGCACCUACUCCAUCUCUAAGAAUGCGGAUACUGACACGCAACGGGCAAGAAAGUCGAGUCGUCGGUCUCGGAGAAUUACUAACACUUCGGAUCGAAAUCGAUCCCAGUUCACCUUUUGGCAUUACGGCCCGCAACGUCGAAGCCCGAACGGACAAUGGUGAAGUGAUGACACUCAUUGAUGCCACAGGGUGUCCGAAAGACGGCAACGUUUUCCCACCAUUAGAACUGGAUCUUACAACCAAGAGCCUCUUUGCCGAAUUCAAAGCUUUCCGUUUCCCUUCAACGGCAACGGUGAAUUUUGUCGCUACCGUUGGUUUCUGCCAGGAGCGUUGCGAACCAGUUCGUUGCACCGAUGGAUUUGAAUCGUACGGACGCCGACGAAGAGAAGCCAAUACCACCACGUCGACCAGUGAACCGGAAAUGACAACUCCAUCGCAACUGGAAGUAACAAGCCAACAAGUUACGGACAUUUCAUCGCCGUUUGAGACUUUGAUGACUGAAAAAGUUGAAAGAAACACAACUUCAGAAACGCCAGCCGGAAGCACGGAAGGUCCCGCUCCUACAACAAACGCCGCUGAGGUUACCUUAAUUCCUCCAGAGGACAAUGAAAUAAAAAUUCCUUCCUCAACUACUCAAGAGAUGACAACGGAACCGAUGAACAAACCCACAAAAACCGGACAAAACGUUCCAGUUGAAGUCCCACUCCAGUUACAGUUGAUCGUAGCACCGGAAGCAGACCGCAUUGCCAUUCUCCCGUCAGCUUUAGCCUCCACAAAUAGAGAAGGAUACGAUUACGAUGCGUCUAACCGGAGACGACCCAGUUGGCGCUCGCCGUCUUUUAACCAAGAUCCGUCCAAUGACGACGAUUCGCUGGAGUGCAGUUCAAAAUCGACUUUGGUGGCCGUUUCUGUUGUGGCGGUAAUACUGCAGGCUGCGACGUUGGUCGCCUUUUACGUCUUUUACCGGACGAAACAGUCCAGCUGGACGAAAUGUUCUGAUAGCAGGAAAAUCACCAACACGGAACCCGUUUACGGGAUCCGGCACAGCGGAUCAGUUAGCGAUGUGACGUUCCGUAGCGUUUACGGCCAGAAAAGCGGACCAGGAACGUUAACCCGAGCCUUUAAUCUCGACAUGAAUUCCAGCACUCGAGGACCCCACGUGGCUUCCGUUUUCACCACCCCGGAUCCAUUAUAAUACAUAUUAUGAUUACCUUAUAAUGCCUUAGGAUUUUUAACAAAUAUAUCGCCCCCCCCCCCCCAAUAUUUUUCUCAUCACAGUAC